AUGUCUCGUCCUUCUGUCACUGUCUCACGACCAGACCACGACACUUUCUCCGUUCUCGUUUUUAUUGCUGUCGAUCCGUGUGAGUGGAGACGACCACAUCGGUCGUCAUUGUUAGCCUUGUUGUGCUGUCUUUUUUUCUCGAUUCUCUUCUCUGGCUCACCCACUGCCUCUAUCAACCAUGAACAUUUAGACUUCGCCCCAGUUUCCCCCGGCCUCGGCUACCGAAAAGGAAGUGAGCAGAUAUUAAAUCAACCAUUCAUUUGGCGUCAGGCCACUGUUGCAAUAUCGAAAACUCUUGUCGGUCGCCCCCACGUCGGACCACCCGCAACCUAA